ACCCAGUCACUAUUUAUAUUGUUUUCUAAUCUAAAUAAAAAUACACAAAACCUUAUAUUUAAACCCAAUUUGUAAAGCGACAAGCGAUAAAAUCGUAUUUAAAAUAAUUACUCUUGUUAAACUUUGAUAAAGCUAUCAAGAUUUUUCUACGUAUGAGUGUGUGUGAAAUAUAACCUUGAAAUUGACAUUUUUGGUGUUUUUUCUGCAUUUGCAGUGUUUUUUUUAUUGUUGUUAAUUGUUGGUUGUAGUUAAAGGUGUAUUUGUGUAGUGCAUUUAUUAAUAAUAACCGUGUUCGUCUCGCAGCAUGAGCGGGUGAUGUGAUGGCCGUGCUUCGCUACCACCAGUUUAGGAAACCGAUGUCCGGCUUGCGAGGUGACAGGAUUUGGCGCUGGCGUUGCCAAUGGAGCGUCGUGAGCAUCUGCGCCAUCGCACUCGUCCUCUACAACGCCGCCGCCAACAUCUGGCUGCUCCACCCCCCCUCCUGCCCCCCACACGCCACUCUACCCCCCACCGAACCCGCCACAUGCGAGCCUUGUGACGCAGCCAACCCUAGCGUUGAUGACGACCCUAUUUCAAGAAUGGACUUGAGACUUGGCAGAUGGGAUGGUUCAAGGUCAUACAAAAUGUUUGAUUACGCUGCAGUUGGAGAUUUAUACGCAGAACUAUCAUCGGAUCGUCGCGUCUGCUUAGCAACUCAAAGCUCAAUAGAGCGAUUACACGAACUCCUCAGGAUCGCAGCGCAUUGGUCAGGACCUAUAUCAGUAGCAGUCUUCGUUGCUGGAGAUGAGCUAAGAAUGCUUAGAGCAUUCGCUAUGUGGCUGUUCCGUUGUCAACCAGAAAUCUACAUGAGAAUGGCGUUACAUGUAGUGACGCCUAGUGAGAGACCAGGAGUCCCGGGGCACGCCCCGAGCUGGGCGAGGGACUGCGAAGCGAAGCCGCUACCACCUUACGAAAUCAAGUCAGAUACAAUGGCUUGGAGAGUUAGACAUCCGUAUCCUCAGAAUCAUUUAAGGAAUUUAGCGAGAAAGAAUUGUCAAACACCAUAUGUGUUUCUGGUGGAUAUAGAUAUAGUACCGUCAAAGGGAAUGGCGGAGGCGUUAGAUAAGUUUUUAGCUAAAGCCCCAAAGUGCCCGCUGUGUGCGUACGUGGUGCCGACGUACGAGCUGGACCUGCGGGUGGCCAGCUUCCCGGCGAACAAGUCGGAGCUGCUGCGGCUGUCGCGGAAGAAGCUGGCGAUACCCUUCCACAGGAAGGUGUUUAUCUACAACCAGUAUGCUUCUAAUUUUACAAGAUGGGAAGCGACGGGCGGCAACGAGAGCGAGCACACGCACGUCAGCCACAACGUGACCAACUUCGAGCUACUCUACGAGCCGUUCUACGUAGCGCCGGACACCGUGCCGGGCCACGACGAGAGGUUCCUGGGCUACGGGUUCACUAGGAACACACAGGUGUACGAAAUGUUUCUAAUCGGCUACCAGUUCCGAGUUCUAUCCCCCAUCUUCACCAUCCACUGGGGCCUCCAGGCCCGGAGGACUAGACCCUUGUGGCGAGAAAAACAGAACGAAAAGAACAGAAAACACUUCGAGACCUUCAAGAGGGAACUCUUCGCGAGGUACCGGAGAGACCCGCUGCAUUUGUUGAGAAGGCCUCCGGCCUCGAAGAAGGCAUAGGCUUCGCUAGGCCGGACAGUGAGGCCCGGCCUUAUAAUAAGUGUUCUUGUGGUAUUGGGAUGUGUUUAAUGUGACAAUUAAGUAAAUUAUAAAUGAGGGAUUUUUUAGGAGGCCUCCGGCCUCUAAAAAGGCCAAAGGCCUCGCUAGGCCUUAUGAUUAGUGUGCUUGUGGUUGUGGUACUGUUUUGUUAUGUUUAACAGUGAAGUGCUAAAGUGGAUUGCUUUGCUAAAUAGUGAGGAUAUUUCGUUUAUGUAAUUGGAAGUGAUAGAGGACAAAUCCCUAAAAAAUGUUGAACCCUAGCUAAAACCAUAAAUCAAUACUGAACAAAUAUGAACUCAAACUAAGCUAGCUACACCAUUCAGUGUUAAAGCUAAAACUAAGUCAGCCUCUAUAGGUAUCAAACAAAAUCGUGAUUUUGAGAGCUAACUUAAACUGUCAGAACUUUACACUUUGCAGCGACUUCAAACCAUCUAGUUCAGCUAACAUUCCAGUUCUAACCGCAGCUCUGCAAUACCGGUACUGAACGCGUCGCUGUCAUUGUCAAUUUCCAUAGUAAAAUGAACAGUAUUGCAAUUUGCAGCUGUCGUUGGAAAUGGACUGUCACCUUAAAACUUGUCUUAUGGUUGGUCAACAUUUUUAGGCGUUAUGUAACUGUCACUUUUGUUUAAGAGUAUACGGAUUGCAAGAAACGACCAAUAUUUAAACGAGGUUGUUCUGUUUAAAUAAUUACAAUAGACAUUUGUAAUUCGAUACAAUAUUAGUUUAAAAAUUGUUGUGUACUUCUCUGGUAUUCUGAUAGAGAUAAACCAUUUUAAACUGCGCCCCCCUACGCUCAUAUUAAUAGUAAAGAAAGGAUGCUUAGCACUAGGAUUUUCGUAUAUUGAUCCGGCUGUUCCUAUCUCUAUCGCACGUGUAUAAGUAUAUUGCUGUCCCACUCGAAAAUAAUCAUUGACCGCCGUCAUCAUGGGCGGGACAGCAAAUUAAUUACGUUCGAACGAUAAAGAUGGAGAGAGACGGGUCAAUGUACACAAUUCCUCGUGCUACGUGACUUUUCUUUAGUGUUAAGGACGCAACGUACACAAGCAAAGACUUUUGCUUUAAAAAUACUUCAGAUAUAGAGUAUAAGUGGUUUAAAGGAGCGCAGUGGAAAAUAUUAUGGUUUAUCUCUAGAGUUAGACCAAAACAAGUCUGCAUCGAUUUUGAUAGCACACACAGUGCAAGUGUGAUUUUAAACGUCUAACUUUAUGACGUAUAUAUAUAACACUUGCACUGCGUAUAUAUGCUAUCAAAAGCGUUGCAGAUGCAGACUUAUCUUAGUCUAACUCUGGCUAUAUAAAGUUCAAACAUAUUAAUAUUAGCGCCAUCUAUAUCGUGUAUAUUAGUUACGUUUCGAUGUUACACGCUUUGGUUGUUGAUCACUGCAAACAUAUUUUACGUUGUACCUACAAUAGUGUUACUGUCAAUUGUUGUCAAAUUAUGUUAAGUUUUAUACAUAUCGUUCAUGCAAUAUUGUUCUGCACGUCAAAUGUAAACUACCAUGUGCAACACAUUAGCAGAAAACGGAUUUUAGGGGGCAAAAUUUAAUUACAGGCAAUAAGGGAGUCCCGAGUUGGGUUACCGUUGAAACUCGCACGUACUACAUAUUUAACACCUCUGUAACACGGUUGUACAAUAAAGAACUAUCUUAACAUAUCUUAUCUUAUCUUGUCCUAUAAAGAUAAUAUCCAUUAUCGAUAUUUUCCCAUAUACUAGUGACCUUAUAACGUUUCUUGUCAGUGCGUUUAUUUUAGUAAUUCUAUUAUUUUGUAGAAGACAAUAUUUUAUUUAUUUAUUUCCAUAGAUUCGUACAAAACUAUAGGUUUAGUUGUGCCCACAGUUACCACUUACGUGCUCGUUUAAAUUAAAAAUAUUAAGUAAUAGGGGUGUACCAGGCUGUUAUACUGUAAAAUGGUGUAAAAUACAACUUAAUUGUGCAGCUUGACGCGUAACUAUUUACAAGUAAAAUUGCACUAUGACUGUGACCUUGUGCUCCUUAUAAAUGCUUUGCGGUGUCUGUGUAGUCAGUACAAAUUUCAAUUAGUCUCUUAAAAAAUAAAGUAGAAGAGAGUGGAGCCAUUAUUUUUUUGUAUGGGAAAAACAUCGAUAAAUGAUUUUAUCGAUAUAGGCACUCCGUACCUGUUAAUACAUUAUGUCCCCUAAGAAUUGUUAGUCUAAAUUCUGAUGCUGAAUACAUAUAUAGACCAUACAAAUCUUUUACUACUCGUAUCGAACCCCGAAAUCGAAAAAAAAUACAUUGUUAAUUUGUUAGUGUGGUCUGAUAUAAUUACAUAAAUCAUGCUGUAUUUAUAUUUAAUCUUAUUAAUUAUUAUGAAUGUAAUGUAUGAAUCUGACUAUUUUAGCUGUUAGGCUGUUACGAGUACAUGAAACUGUUUUAGUUAUUUGUUACCAUUUUAAGGCUUCAUUAAUUUAGUGCUUUAAAUUGUUUAGGUUGGUACUAAGUGAUACAAAAAUAGGGUACCUAAGUGAAGUAGGGUAAAUGUAAGUAUAAGCGCACAGGGUUCAUACUUUAUUUUAAAAUCUAAUAAAUAAGAGUCUUUAGAGCUAUUUUAUACUGUGAUUUUGUUGGCAUAUUAAUUAUAUAAUUAUUGAAUUAAUUAUUUAAGAAUGGCUGGAUAAAUCAAACGGAUUCUAAUUAUUUUUAUCUUUUAAAACUAAUUGCACAUUUAAUGUUUUAUCAAACAAUUAGUUAGUGAAAUAUAGAAUAAAUAGGAAUAAAAAAUAAAUGUGAAUGUUUAUAAUAUAUAAAUAUUUUAUAAUAAUAAUAUGUAAAGUAACAAAACCACGCGAAAUAUGUUAGUUACAUCUUUGAAAGGAUUAACAUUUUGUUAAUAUCGAAGUUGGCGUUAGUAUUAAUAUUAAUUAAUAGUUAGUAUUAUACCGGUUAGAUCACUUAUUAUAUUUUUUUAUAGUCUUAAAUAGUAGAAGUUAUACAAUAUAGUGAGGCAAUUUUAAUUUACUUAAUGUUGUAAGUUAUAAUGUAUAGACGAUAGUGAAUUUAUAUAUUUCGUUAAUUUGGAGCUUGGAGCUAACGCCAACUUUUGGUAAAAUAAAUGUCCUCUGUUUAAAUUAUAAAUAAUAUUAAAUUUGUAAUAAUAUGUAUCAAACAUAUAUAAAAUGAUGUAAUGUGACGCAUUUACCAAAACCUACAAGAAAGGGUAAAGCAUUUAUACAAGAUCGAUAUGAUAUACCUGAGAGAAGAUAAAUCUAGGUAGGACCAAACUAGCACUGAUAUAUGCCUGUAUUUAACACUGGCAAUGACAGUGGCACGCACAGAUACUACAGGUAGAUAGAAUACUGUUUAUUGGCACACCCCAGUAAAAGAUACAGCUUAAAGAAAAACAAUCAAAUAGAGGCAGACAACAGGCGGUCUUAUCGCUAAAGAGCGAUCUCUUCCAGACAACCUUGGGGUAGCGGAAACAAAGCAUUUAAUAAAAGAGAGUAUCAUACUAAUACUCACAGAAAAAAAACGUGACAGGCAAUUUCGUUUUCAUAACGUUAAAUGUUACCUAACUAAGUAAUACUAAGGGCACGUCUCUAUUUGGCCCGAUGGUUGACUGUUAGAGAAUGCCAUUAGGCAUUAAGUCCACUUAGUACAUUAUUUUUGUGUUUUGUGCAAUAAAGUUCAAAUAAAAACUUAAUUUAAUUUUUUUUAAUACUGAUGCUUAAAGGUGACGACCCCGUUAAAUUUUAGUAAUUCUUUAGACUCUUUAAAAAUUUGUAAUUUAUAUCAAUCUGUGCGGGUAUGUAAGACAUCCAAAAUGUGAUCGAAAUACUAUGUUUUGUACAAAAAAAAUUGAAUACGCUCGACAAUCUUCGGAAUACACGCGUUUUCUACUUACCAAAGUUUUCUCUCUCAGGUACAUCGUAUCUAAUCAUACCAAAUGAGGCAGAGUGAGAUUUUUGUUAUAAAUUUAAGUAGUAGGUAGGUAUAUUGCUUAAUUGCACUGCGCCCCAAACAUUCCUUUACCCUUUCCAUCAGUUUUUCGUGGCCAAAACGCUAGGGACUGCGUCAACUCAAACGCACUGCAUCUCGCUUGCACCAAUGUCUUUACGAGAGAUAUGCAUUGCAGGUUAGUUUACGCAGACGCUAACGAAUAAGGCCAUGUCUAACUCGUGGCAAGGGUACUUAUAAGGCGCUCCUACCCUGGCGCUACUAUUUAUAAAGAGUACAGUAUGGGUGAUUGGGUAUGAUGGUGGCACUUUUACCGUCUAGCCUAGCGUCACAGGCGUCACUCUUGCACAUACAUACUUGUUAGAAUGUGACCGCUGCAACGACAACAGUGACUGUUAGGCCCGCAGGAAAGCACACUAAAGGAUGACUCACGCUAGACCGGGCCGGGCCCGAGCCGAGGCGUCCGACAUGUCAUUAUCUAUGACGGCUAAUCGGUGAUCACGUGGUGCUUUCCUUAGCGCCGAAAGCUGCGGCCUGGCCCCGGCCCGGUCUAGUGUGAGUCAACCUUAAAUCGAAUGUUUCUUGUAUUUCACGUCCGUAAAACCCAAACAAGAUUCUAAAAAUAUGGAAUUCGUUAAAAAAGCUAUUAUUGACCAAACGAUCGCCAUAAAAUUGUAUUACACGCCAGCUGUUUAUCACAUUUUAGUUGGUGUGGGAGCGCCGCGCCGUGCCGGUAGCGAUAUACUCGUAAUUAUGUCACGGUGAUAUAAAUACCGCGCGCUCUGUCGCGGUCGCGCCGAAUGGUUUCUAAUAAAUUGAUCAAACUUUA